GCAAUAAAUAUGAUUGUAAACUGUUUAACACUGAAGACUAUUUAUUCAUAAAUCCCGUUAAAACUCCGCCACCUUUCCCCUUCCUCCUGUAGCAACCAAACGAGCCGCGUUUUAUCGAUACUCGAACUUCGUUCAUUGCUGUGAAAAAACUCCGGUGUCAUCCAAGUGUCAAAUAACGAAAAUGGAACAAAACCCCAUUGACACUGCCAUUUUAUCCGAAAGCGAGACUGAAUCCCACCCUAAGAAAACCACCCCUCGGCGACGACGCCGUCGCAAAAAGAAACUUUUCACCCCCGACUUCAACAUACCAGGAGUCCACAAAAUCGUCCUCCCUGACUUGACCCAGGAAGCCAUCGGUUGUGUGGCCGGUGACCACGUCACCGCCGAAAAACCCUGGCUAAGCGUGGACAAAGACCUGAUCCUCGAACACUUGGAGAACUUCCCCGAAGAGUCGGAAUUUCUACCGCUGAGACCCCAACUCUUGGAGUUCCCCAGGGAUGAGGUCCUUAUGGGCUACAUCCCGGAUGAGUCACGGGAUUUCGACGAGUUUUACAUUUGUGUGACCGAAGAUGCAACGGUUGCGGUCAACGAGAUUGUGGAAAAACUGGCGAAGCUCCAGGAGGAGCGGCUCCGGAACGCCAUCCAUCGCAAGGUGAAGCGUUGGAAGCCCUUGGGGUCCGACAAGGAGAUUGAGGAAGGGCGGGUUAAGGACCACCGGGCCUUGAUCGAGGUCGAGAUCGAGUCAAAAUACCCGAUCUUGCCCUUCAAAGUCCAUUUCCGACUCACCAAAGCCCAGGACUUGAGGGACGGUUACAUGGAGUUGCGCCCUUCGGACGAAAGCCAGGCCACGAUUAUCAAGCGCCGGGUGGACGCCUUCGUCCAGGUGGCCCCCGACACGGUCCCCAACCAGGCACAAACAAUUUGCACCUACCCCAAAAACUCCUACACCCAGUACGAGUACGAAGUACCGGAAAUCGAAGUACCACCACUUGGGGACCUCCCCCGAAACCUCGACUCCUUCUGCGACAUUCUCCAGGUCAAUGGAUGCAUCGAUUUGUAUUCAAACGACUACGAAAACCUAGUCCUUAACCCCAAAAUGACCGUCAGGAUCACUGUUCCCGGAGCCACCGAAUAUUUCUGCUUCAUCGACAUGAACCUCUGUGGCAAUAAAAUGGUCUCGUGUUUGGAGUGGCACCCGAUGUGGUCGGGCUGUAUGGUCGCCUCCUACGUCGACACCGCCGCCCCCAUGUACCUCAAAACGAAGCUAACCACCGACGAGGUCCUCAAAGCGGUGCACGACUCCAACCCGGUACUUUUCUGGAGUUUCAACGACGAUCUCAAACCCAAAUUGAUCUUGGAAACGCCCCGUCCCGUGUAUUCCGUCUCCUGUUGCCCCUACAACGCCAACUUGAUCAUUGGCGGGUGCGUCAACGGCCAGGUGCUCCUGUGGGACAUCACCAACAAGUUGACAAUGGUGGAGGAGGAGGAAAUUCUGACCGUGGAACAACAGAAGUACCGCGAGAACAUGUUCUCGCUGAUGAGCUGGAUGAGGAACAUCUUCGACGUGACCUUGGUGCGGCCCACGGCCGUCUCGGACCUCAAACACUCACAUAGAGGGUGCGUGACGGCGGUGGCGUGGCUCUCGCCCUUCCACCACACCUCCAAAACGGGCAAAAUCGAGGAGAUCGAGAGCGAUUCCCUCUCGCUUGAGUUUAUCACAGCUGGGGAGGACGGCACUGUGAUGAUUUGGGACUUGCUGAGGAAACCUACAGUGGAACCUGGCGGUUUCAAGGCCGUCCGGAAGCUACGCAGGUUGAAGAAGAAACCAAGUGCCCUCCUCACCAUGGAAUCACCCUUCAAAAUCCUCCACCUCAACUUGAAACCCGUCUACAAGAUUAACCUAACGAACCCGAUGCAGAAUAACCGCCUUAUCGGCGUUUCCACAAUGUAUGCGAAUUUUUUCCGCACCACGUUCGACUGUGUCAAUCGGGAACAGCGCAAAAAUGUCAAACUGGCCGAUAGGUUGGUGUUUCGCCCAGUGAUUAACUUCUACGGGGCUGAUCCGCGCAAAACCUUCUAUGUUGGGAGUCUAGAAGGGGGGUUCGUGCAAGGGGUUUGGGAGGGGCAGGAGUUUGACUCGGGGGAGGUUGUCAAUUUUGAAAAUUGUCAAUUUGUCAAUGGGGGGACGGUCCAUGACGGGCCCAUCGUCUCGAUUGACUACUCCCCUCUGAACGACACAGUCCUGACAGUUGGUGGUUCAAUUUUCGCCCUUUGGAGGGAGAGUUUCCAAAAUCGGCCCAUCCUUUGGCGCAAGUCCAAGUCGAUUUACACCAACGGGUCAUGGUACAGGUUCGAGCAAGCGUCCAUUAAGUUGGUACGCAUGGAUGGGUACAUGGAGAGUUGGAGUCUCUUCAACCAGAGCAAAACGCCAAUCGAGCAAAAACUAAUGUCAAAUGGAGCAGUCACUCUUUGUAACACUCAUCCGAGAAAAAUCAAGACAAACGUGUUCGCGCUUUGCGACUACCGAGGCUCCAUCAGACUGUUCUACAAGCAGCACUUAAGUCCACUGAUAAUUAAGGCGAAGGAGGAGUACAUGAGUGAGUUCCUGACACGUGAGAUCGAACGCAAGAAAAAAUUCCUCGAUUGGCAGAACAAAUGGAACUUGAGACACUUGAGCAAGGAGCAAGUGGUGGAAAAGCCACCUGAAGCCGCACCUCCUGAAACCACCGAAACCAAGAAGAAGGAAGAGAGGAAGAAAAUUGCCAAAAUCAGUCCGGGACAGCGGUACCUGGAGCUAGUCCAGGAGCAGCACCGCGUCAACGAGCAGCAAAGGAUCAAGAGCAUCAUCCUCAUGAAGAAGCAACUGGACACUGAAGACUUGCUGAAGAAGCGGGAGCCGCUCCGGAAGCUCGAGGAGGAGAACGAGGUGAAGAAGCGCAAACAGAAGAAGAAGCUCAAAGAGUCGGACAAGAUCUUUAAAGAUACAGUGGCGAUGUUGUUUCCGGAUGUUGUUAAAGAGAAGCCGGCGCCGCCUCCGGACCCGUACGAGGAUUGCUACAGUGAGGAGCACAAGAAGGUUCAUUUUGAUGGUUUCAAGGAGGUUGCGAGCGAAGCAAUGAAUUACGUGGAGGAGAAUCCGUUCAGUUAUGAUUUUAGUUGGGGGAUGGUUUUGAAAACGGGGAGGGAGAGGCGGAAGAAGUUGGAUGAUGGGGGGGAGAGGGAUGGGCAUAGGAGGCGGUGGGCCUUGGUUAAGGAUGAGAAGGCGAGGUUGGCGGCGGUGGCGGCGGCGAUACAACAGGAGGUGGCGAGCAGUAUGGUGGAUACGAUUAGUAUUGUGUCGAGUAUGUCAAAUGUUACCAAUUUUUAAACUUUUUUAAUAAAUAAAA